GAUCCUUGUGCCGCGUUUGUUCCCAGACGGCCAGUCCACUCCGACUUCACAUCACAAACAGUGAUUUCGAUAGCAACAGGAAUCAUAGACGAGUGCCGAAACGGCCAUUCAGAGUGUCAGCCGCGCCAGCCAACUCCCCUUCCUACCCGUGUCCUCAAUGUGGCUGGUGGUCAAGUUCGGCUCCACCUUGCUCGCCCGGAUGAGCAUGCCGAGUACGUCACAUUGAGCUACUGCUGGGGUGGCCCACAGCCUCUGAUCCUGCUUCAUGAUACGCUCGACACAUUCGUCGAGGGCAUCGACACGGACCGCCUACCGCUGACCAUCCGCGAUGCCGUUGCUGCCACGCGAGCGCUCGGGCUUCAAUACCUCUGGGUCGACGCACUGUGCAUUAUCCAAGACAGCGAGGAAGACAAGGGUUUCGAGAUUGAGAACAUGGGCGAGGUGUACCGGAACUCGGUCCUCACACUUGCCGCCUCGCGCGCCACAUCCGUCAACCAGGGCUUCUCACCUACCGCCCUCCCAGACUCCAGCCCCGCCACCAGCACCAUCAGCACCGCCCCGAUUGACCUCUCCCUUGCCAACGGCAAGACCGGCCGCCUCUACCUGACCAAGAAGGUAUACGACCAAGUCGAGGCACUGCCGCUCAACAAGCGCGGCUGGGCGCUGCAGGAGCGCCUGCUCUCGGGCCGCGUGCUGGCCUUUGGGAACGAGGCGGUGUGGAUGUGCGGAAAGCACCGGCACCGGCCGCUGGUGGCGAGCGUGCUGUACACGGCGCCAUUCCCGUCGCUCACGUGCACCACGCUGGCGGCGCUGCGCGCACUCGACGCCGCCCGCCGCGCCAGCCACUGGGCUGACGUGAUCAGCGACUUCACGGGGCGCGACCUGACCGUGGCCGACGACCGCGUGCGUGCGCUCAUGGGCGUGGUCAAUGUGUUUGCCGCCGUGUGGGGCGAUAGGUGCCUGUGGGGCCUGUGGACGAGCAGCUUUGUCCUGGGCGCGUGGUGGCGUGCCAGGCCCAGGCCGGGCGAUAUACGGUCAGCACGCGCGCCGUCGUGGUCGUGGAUGUCGCUGGAUUGUCAGGUCCAGCAGCGCGAU